UAAUAAUUUCUUUAUACCCGGAAGAAAGUUUAUUGACCCGAAAAAAAGUGGCACAGUUUGUCGAAAAUGGUGAGCUAAGGUGUCAUCUGUCGCAAUAUCAAUCAACAAUGACUUAGCACUUGUCUCAAACACGUGUCAAUCUUGUGUUAUUCUUUAAACCUGGAUUGUGGCCGAAAAUAAAAGUUCGAAGAUCUGAAUAAAAAUGGCGGCGCCCAGUUUGAGUUGGACAGAAGGUCUCCCUGACACACAGACCAUGCAUUUGAUUGGGGAUCUGGAGAACGGGAAAGUUGUGACCAUCUUCUUCUCAAAGACACGCCCAGAACGGAGGACAUUAGCUGUCAAACAACAAACUAGCCAGCUUGUUUGGAUUCGUGCGCAGGGUGUACGACCCGAGGGAGCAAUCAACUUCCGUGACAUUAAAGAGGUUCGUCGUGUCAAGAAGUCGAAGGACUUUGAUAAGUGGUCGGACGAUGCACGGCGUGUGGACGAUAAACGCUGCUUUGUCAUUUACCAUGGCAACGACUUCAAACUGCGAACACUGUCGGUUGUUGUUGAUUCCUCAGACGAGCGGGAAAACUGGUUCAAGGGCCUCGAUCUGUUGAUACAGGAAGCCAAGUCAGCAUCGCACACCCUCGUUGUUGAAAGAUGGCUUACGAGGGAGUAUAACAGUAUACUUGAGCGAGAUGGCCGUGUGACAUUGAAGGCAAUGAAAUCCUGGACAACCAAGAUCAACUGUAAACUGACAACAAACAAGCUCAAAGAAAAAUACCAGAGCGUAGAUAAGGAGAAGAAGGGAGCCAUAGUCCAGGAGGAGUUUACCCAGCUUUAUCAUUUCCUCGUCCAUGUUCCCACUGUCAUUGAUGAAUACUUUGUUCCGUUUAUGAGGAAAUUGCAUACUGACAGGGUGGCCACUGUUGAAAAGCUGCACCAGUUUGUUACCCAAGAACAGAGGGAGUCAUUGGGCCAAUCUGAGGUGAAAGAAGUGAUGAAGAACUUCCUCUCUGACCCGGGACGGGAAAUCCAUAAUAAACUCUUCUUCACCGAACAGGAGUUUGUAGACUACUUGUUUUCCGGACACAACACGAUUUGGGACAGCAAAUAUAAUAGCGUGACACAAGACAUGAAUCGACCGCUCUCACAUUACUGGAUAGCAUCUUCACAUAAUACGUACCUGACAGGGGAUCAGUUUUCCAGCGAGUCAUCUGUAGAAGCGUACGCCCGAUGCCUGAAAAUGGGCUGCAAGUGCCUUGAACUUGAUUGCUGGGACGGUCCUGAUGGAUACCCGAAGAUUUAUCACGGUCACACACUCACGUCACAAAUACGAUUCCUAGACGUUGUCAAAGCAAUUAAGGAAAAUGCUUGGGCUGUAUCAGAUUAUCCGCUAAUUUUGUCAAUAGAGAACCACUGUAGUCUAGGACAGCAAAGAAAUAUGGCCAGUGCUUUCAAAGACAUAUUUGGAGACAUGUUGUUGACGGAACCUAUCCAGCGAGAUUCCAAUAUGUUGCCAUCGCCCGAUCAUCUCAAAAGGAAAAUCAUCCUGAAGCACAAAAAGCUACCUGCAGAUCCCUCACAGGCAGAUCCGCAGGAUUUUACAGUAGAUGACAACACACGGGACGGUGACCUGAGUAACUCCGUUAAGAACGGAAUUCUGUACUUGGAAGAUCCAAUUGAUAACACGUGGACGCCCCAUUUCUUCGUGCUUACGCCCAACAGAAUGUACUACAGCGAAGAAACGAAUAACGCUGAGGAGGAAGAGGAGGAGGAGGAAGAAAAUGGUGUACGCAAGGAGGAUGAGCUCCAUUUUCGGGAGAAAUGGUUUCAUGGUAGAUUAGCGGGUGGACGACUGGAGGCGGAGAAGAAGUUACGGGAAUAUUCUCAUCUCGGGGACGGCACAUUUCUCGUCAGGGACAGCGACACAUUUGUCGGGGAUUUUUCAUUGUCUUUCAAAUGGAAUACCUCAAUAAACCAUUGCCGUAUAAAAUCAAAACAAGAAAUGGGCCAGGUCAAAUACUUUUUGCGGGAAAACGCUAUGUUUGACAGCCUUUACAGUCUUAUAGCGUAUUAUCGAUCACCAGAACACAAACUACGAGUCCAAGACAUAGAGUUGGUGCUCAAGACUCCGUGUCCGCAACCAAUCGUUCAUGAGGGGAAUGAGUGGUACAACAGCAAUGUUGAUCGAGACCAAGCAGAGGAAAUGUUACGACGUAUACCGUACGAUGGUGCUUUCCUCGUACGACCCAGUAUUCCGCAUGGCUGCGGAGAUCCGGGAACAUCACCGACUUUUGCAAUCUCAUUCAGGGCUGAAGGCAAGAUAAAGCAUUGUCGAAUUCGACAAGAAGGCCGCCUGUUCACGAUGGGUGAUGCAGAGUUUGAAAGCCUUCCUGAACUAGUCAGGUAUUACGAGAAAAACUCGCUCUACAAAAAGAUGAAACUACGAAAACCAGUGAACCAGUCUGUAGUGGAUAGAGAAGGCCAGGAGCCCACAGAGCAGGGACUUUAUGGUUUAUGUGGACAGACCGAUAUCUAUAUAAAUCCUAACGAUUUUACUUCUCAGGAACCCAAUAUGGACCCAGAAUCCUUAUAUGAGCCAGGAAUUUAUCAUUCUCCCAAUGUGUUCACGUCAAAGGUUCGCGUAAAAGCGCUGCACGACUAUGGAGCCAACCACGAAGAUGAACUGACCUUUUACCGUGGUGCCGUGAUAACCAACGUCAACAAGCACGAUAAUGGAUGGUGGCGAGGUGACUACCAAGACAAGAAGCAGUAUUGGUUCCCUGCAAACUUCGUUGUCGAAAUUGAGUCUCAGGACGAUAGCGGGGACAAUACGCCCCUGGGUAGCCUGCAGAAGGGAGCGAUUGAUGUUACCAGCUGUAUUGUAGAAUCCAUUCAGGGUCGCGGAAACAAGCCCUGCUGUUUCAGAAUCUACAGCCCGUCACUUGUAUCUGGAGACCUGGAUAUUGCGUGUGAUGCAGAGAGCGAAAUGCUUGACUGGAUAGAAAACAUUCGCAUGUGUGCCGAUAACCUUCAGGAUCAGAAAAAAGCAGAGGCCACUAUAAAGCGUCAACGGGAGCGAAGGAACCAAAUUGCUCAAGAAUUUUCAGAUCUGAUUGUCUACUGCAUCGCUGUGCAAUUCAACUUUGACAAGAUCCAGGGUUCAGGCAACUGUCUGGAGAUGUCGUCCUUCCAGGAAAUAAAGGCUGAGAGUCUAUGUAGCAAGAGCAAAGCCAGGCAGUUCAUCAAGUACAAUAACACACAGCUGAGCAGGGUGUACCCGAAGGGCGCGCGUAUAGAUUCCACCAACUACAACCCCAUGCCCAUGUGGAAUUGUGGCUCACAGCUGUGUGCCCUGAACUACCAGACACCUGACAGGUCCAUGCAACUGAACCAGGGCAGAUUCUUGCAGAAUGGCAUGUGUGGGUAUGUGUUGCAGCCGGAAUGCAUGAGAUCGGAGGAUUAUUCCCCAUUUGAUAAGAAGUCGAUAAAGGUCGAUCCACUCACCAUAUCGAUAUCGGUAAUUGGGGCUCGUCACCUGGUCAAACAAAAGCAGAAGAUUGUGAGCCCGUUUGUGGAGCUAGAGAUUGUCGGCCUAGACUGUGAUAACAACAAGUUCAAAACCUUUCCAGCAUCAUCAAAUGGCCUGAAUCCUGUAUGGUCAAAGCAGAAUUAUGAUUUUGACAUCCGCUGCCCGGAUCUGGCCAUGAUCCGGUUCGUUGUCUACGAUGAAGAUAUGUUUGGAGACCCAAAUGUUCUGGGACAAGCGACCUUUCCCAUCAAGUGCCUCAGACCUGGCUAUCGAAGUGUACCUCUGAAGAACGAGUACAGUGAACCUCAUGAGUUGUCCUCCUUGCUAGUCUACAUUGAGAUGAAGAACCCACAGGAGGAGGAGGACAGUGAAAUCUACUCGUGUCUCCAAGACCUCCAGGACAAGAAAGACGACCUCACAACUAAAUUACAGGAGCUUGAACUACAGGGGGAUAUGCGCUCAGCGCAGCAGUGCCGACAGAAGCUGCAAGAAACUGAGGACACAAUAAUCACGAAAAGUCGGGAACGGCAACAUAGGAAAGGAGGGGAUUUCAGCUAUCUCAUCCAGGGCCACAUUUCAAACUCAAUGUGGAAUGAGUCCGCAUUGUACCAGUCUAGAAGGGCAACGCUUACCAGUUUGUCGGAAGAUUCGCUGUAUCAAGAAGACUUAGAAUGAGAUAAAUAAAGUACAACAAGGCAGAAAGUCGUGUAUCGUCGGACCUCAACUAGUUGAAAAUAGACAAAAACUAGGUGAAAAAAAACUCUCAAGCUGUCUCUGUAGCAUUAGACGAUAACAAUAAGUUCAUUGUGUAGAAAAUCCAUUUCUGCGACUCCGGGGAUGUCAUUGGUAUCACCUCGAUAAUAUCUUCGGAUGAUGAUGUCAUAUUCUCUUAUACUGAGUAUUCAGAUCUAUAAAUAAGGAUGUCAAUAAGGUUUACUGCCAUGUGACCAUUUAGCAAUCAUGUUCUGCCUUGUGACCUUUGGUAAAUUACUUCAUACAUUGUGACCAUAGGUUGAUUAUUCUGUUAUGUGUUCCAAUGAGGAGAAAGAAAAACAGGUUACUUUAUACUAGAAAUAUCAGUGUUUACAAAAUAUGUUUGGUCACCCAAAUUGCUGGAUUAUCUAGACAACGUUUCGUCCAAGUCUUGACACAACAUAAUUAUAUUGUAUGCAUAAACUUGUGUAUCAUCCUUGUGUUUCCCUGCCAGAAAUGUUAACUAAUGUUGACCAUGUUAGCACAAGCAUCAUUUUAGGUGUUUAACUGUUAUAUAACAUUUGUUUUUUACUACAAAUUUAGAUUUUUCUGUCCUGCCAUAUGAAUUUUUUUACUCUGUCCAAGAUGAAAGACGUAGUUAAGUUUGGGACCAUUGAAUGUACAGUAUGGCGUAUUUAGUUCAUGUUUCUGUCUUUAUGUUCGAGUUCAAUCAAGUUUAUUCUGUGCUGUUUUUUACCCAAUUUUUAUGUCGUCUUUUCAAUAAUAUUCGGAAUAUGUAGGGGUGAGUGAUUUCAAGGCUUGAUUAUUUUUUAGCAAUGUCAAUUUUGAAAACAAAAAUGUUAUAAAUAUUAAUUCAUUAGGGGAUUGGCUUUCAGCCAUUCCAGUUUUUAAACGAAAUGGAGAAUUUGAUUUUUCUUUAUUUUGCCCGCUUGCUCCAAUUCUUCCGGCCCAAAUUCCUACAAAUAUGAAAUAUAAUUUGGGUGGCCUAAUAGAUCGAAAUCAUUAUAUCUAUUUUAGAUUUUGGUAGGGGAAACAUAAAGAAGAGUUUUCUAGGUAUUUUUUUUCAUAGACAGUUUGACAGCUCUGUAGAGCCUAAAUUGUACAAAUUGUAACUUUGAGACUUAAAAUAGAGUUUGUCUUCUUAAUAUUUAGAGCAUUAAAUCCACAAUACUUGAUACAGAAUUCAGUUCUUCCAAAUUGUAAAGAAUCAAUGCUUCAAGUCCACCGGAAAUAUUUUUAAAGCAAUCUGAAAGGUUUGCCUGUUGAAAAAAAAAUAUUUGCCUGUCUGAAACAGAAGUUAAUCAGCUUAAAAUACUGUGAAUUGAAAUUGUUGAAAAAAGAAAGAAAAACAUGUAAAGUUUUAUCUAAAAUGGUUGUGUAUACACAUGUUCGAAGGUACUUAGGGUUCGCUCUCAAAAUAUGUUUUGUGUCACAAUAUUUUUAUUUUGAAGCAUAAUGCUUCAAAUACACUAAUGUGAAUGUUUGUCGACAUUGUUGAUCUUGUCAAGUUUUCUAAAAGUAUGAUCCAUUGGCUAUGACAUUAUUUACUUUCUAGUGACAUGUAAAAAAAAAUUAAAGGCCCCUCUGUUAAUCAAAUUACAAGGAAAUGUUUGUUUUUGAGUGAAUGCAAAAAAUUGUCUAACAGUCCAUCAUUUACGAGAAAAACUGCCAUACAAAAGCAUUAUUUGCCGAUCAUGUCCGGCAGACUUGAACAUUUCGGGAAGAAUGUGAUGGCUUUUUGUUUUUCAUAGAACUUUUAUUUUCCCAACCUUGAAGUAACACAAAGACAAUUGUUCUGAUGCAAGUCAAGGUCAAUGAAGUGACCCAGUUAUUUGUUCGCAGGAGUGUAGCAUAUUUUUGAUUAUAUGUGCACUAGCAGUUUUAACAAAACAGUUGUACCGUAUGUUGAUUCUUGUAUUUUUAUAUGAAACUUUAGUUGAAAUAACAAUGAAUUUUGAAAAGCAAUAAUUUGUUAAUGUCCGUUAAACAAAAUAAAAAUGUUGUGAUUUGUUUUCGUUUGUCCAAAAACUUUUUUAUGAUAUGAUUUGCCAAAUAUCAAGUGAUGAUGAUUAUUAUUAGAGUAUUAUACUGUUAAAGUAUGUUAUAAUUGUCAAUCAAAACACCUCUUACAUCUCCGCAAUACCACGAACCUCGAAGUCAUAUAAGACUGCUGACAAAAAAUUAGAUCACAGAUUUUUAUAUUUAAGUUAAAAUAUUGAUGUUUUAUGCAUUUUUAGAACGGAAAUAUGAAAAUCUGCAAUCUGAUUUUUUGUCAGCAAUCUUUUAUCAUUGGUUUGCAGAUAUUUACGCAAAAUUUUGCUCUUUCCAAGACAAAAAAUAAAAAUUAAAAAUAUUUGUCAAAACGUUCAAUCUGUGAGAGUGCAGCUUUAAAGACUUAUGUGCUUGAUUAAAAUAACUACGCGAUCUUGUUGCAAUGUGGUGAAAUAUAAAAAGAUCUUACAUUGCAAAAUGGUCCAUAUACAUUCGAGGUUGUUUCGAAGGAAAAUGGCCGAGGUGUUUUGAUUGUAUAAUUGUGUGUUGUCUUAUUUGUUUAUUAUUGUAUUGUACAUUUUGUCCAUAAAGUGCUUUAUAAGGAUAUACAUAUUGUUCAUGAAGUACUUUUAUACAUUUUGCCCAUAGAGUGCUCUGUGAAAUAUCACAAAAACAUACAGUCAUUAAGUGCUUUUGUAUGUUUUGUCUAUAAAUUGCUUUGUAAGAUAUUAUUUGUACAGUUUUAAUAUAGAACCUAACCAAAUAUAUCCGAAGUCAGACAUAAAUUGCCAUGCUCCUAUCACUAUUUUCAUGCCCAGUUUAAUACAAUUAAGACAAUUCUUUACCUUUAAUAUUUCUUCACCUUUAAUAUUACACAUAAUAAUUAAGUGCUCCAAAAGUUGUACAGAAACUAUGUUAAUCAAACUUAAACCAUUCUAUUUAUAGGGCAAAAUAUUUGUACCACUAACCAGUUAUGCUCUUUUAAUAAUAUAAUUGUGCAUUCUUUUGUUAUUCAAAAUUAGGUUGGCACCAAAGAUGCUAAAAAUGAUGAAGUUGUGUUUAUCCGGGGUUCUUAUGCACCAGUCAAUUUUAACCACAGCCCCCCCAGGUCCGGGGAAUAGGGGGGACUUUGACUUUGGGUCUAGCCAAGCACGGGCAAAAUCCCCGCCCUGUGGGAAUGAACUGCUGGUAAAACCCCCGCCAAAUGCCCCCGCACCCCAGGGACUCUAAGUAAGGCCCAUUCCCUGCUAUAUUUGGCACGAAGACAAAACCACCGCAUUCACCCGGCACUGCGGAGCCACCUGGAAGUAAAAAACACGGCCCAUUUCGCCAGCUAUCCCCUGUUUACCCCCGGACCUGGGGGGGGGGGGGUUACAAUUGACUGGUGCAUGAUCUUCAGGAUUGAUGCAGAAAUCGGGAUUGAGAGCUCGGACUUGUGCAUCAACAAUGGUGAUGAAUAUAAAUGACUAUGGAAAACAAACCUUCAACAUGCUUUUGGCAUGAAUUCCUUGUACACACAGAACCUUGAUAUAUUUUAAGAUUAACAAUUGUCAGCUGUAAGAACCACUGACUUACACUCAUAAGUUUUUCAUUUCAGAUUGAUGAUUUUCCCAAUAUGAAAUCAAAUCUAAUAAGUGUUCAAUUUGUUUGAUAAAUUGUUCAUGCUUGCGCCAGAAAAUGCACAGAUCAAAUACAUGACCAUAACAUUUUGGGCAACUGUCUGCAAACUGUAGGACCAUUUUAUUAUGAAUAUGAACUGUUGAUAUCCAUAAUCUGAAAGCACACAAAGAAUUGCCAUAAUUGUAGUCAGUAUUAGAUUGAAUGUCAACUGCUGAGUACUGAAUGAUGUUCAACAUUAUGAGAUAAGAUUCUAUAAUACUCACUUCAUUGUUAAAGCUGCAUUCUCACAGAUUGAUUUUUUUGACAAUUUUUUUGUCUUGGAAUGAGCCAAUUUUUUGCAUAAAUGUCUGGCAACCAGUGAUAUAAGACUGCUGACAAAAGAGGCUAAAAGCCUAACUAACGCUUUAAGAAAAUUGAAAUUUUCGGUAGUUUAACAAUCAAUUGAGAUCUUUUCUAUUGCGAGUUAUCUUAUAUGACUAAAUUGAAAGCACGGAUGCCAAAAUGAGCUGAUUCUGAGACAACAAACAAUAAAAUGGUCAAAACUGUCAAUUUGUGUGAGUGCAGCUUGAAAGCUUCACUCUCACAGAUUUACCAUUUUUACAACUAUUUUAUUUUUUGUCUUGGAAAGAGCAAAUUUUUGCGUAAAUAUCUGCAAACCAAUGAUGAAAGAUUGCUGACAAAAGAUCAGAUCGCAGAUUUUCAUAUUUCCGUUCGAAAAAUUAAUGUUUUAUGGCCUUAACUGUUACUAUAUAACAGUUUAGGAAAAAUGCAUGAAACAUCAAUUUUUGAACUUAAAUAUAAGACUAUACGAUCCAAUUUUUGUCAGUAGUCUUAUAUAACUGGUUUCCAUGCACUUUCGCAAAAAUUGGCUCGUUCCAAGACAAAAAAUGAAAAAGUUGUCAAAACGUUCAAUCUGUGAGAGCGCAGCUUUAAAAUAAAUGUAAAGGUAAUGUGAUAACAAUUUAAGAUCCAGCCAAACUCUUUAUAUCUACUUAUAUUAUCAUACUUACAAAAUGUUAAUAAUUUCUUGAAUUAUUUUUUUUAGUUUAUUAAUUUCUUUGCUUUUUAAGGCAUUUUAUAUUAUAUUGUUUUCUUCCUUGCAUUUUGUAUAUCUGUCCAAAUAUUAGAAACAUUGUAUAUAUAUUAUGUAUAUGAAAUUCUUACUGAUUAAAGACUCCUUGUUAUGUCCA